CAUCUACACUUCUCUCAAGGCCCUCCUGCAUCCGCGCCGCAUCAUCUCCCAUGGACCUUAACAACCAAGCGAGCAAAACAAAGUUCACAGACUUCCCCUACGUGUCGGGCCCACACAGGAACCUCAUGGUUGAUCUUGUAUCGACAUUAGAGACGCGACUUGGUUCGCAGCUCCUCCCUUGUACCCUCCCUCCCGACGUACAAUACUAUCAGAACGAGACUGGCACCAACCAUGCCUCCCUCCACAUCAGAUCCGGCCUCGCCUCCUCCCCUGUUGAUUUCAUAUUAGGAAGUUGGCUGCACUGUGAGCUACCAACAGGUGGAGCAUUGAACAUUACAAGCCUCUCAUCCUAUCUGAACCAGACCACAGAUGCACCAAAUUUCCUACUUGAGCUCAUCCAGAGCAGCCCAACCUCCCUGGUCCUCAUCCUUGACUUGCCUCCCAGAAAAGACCUUGUCCUCCACCCUGACUACCUGCAAACAUUUUAUCAAGACACCCAACUGGACACACCCAGGCAAAGGCUUGACAAACUUGCUGAGGCUAAACCCUACUUCUCUUCAUCGCUAUACAUCCGCAGUGUUGUGUCACCAACAGCCAUUUUGGUUCGGAUUGAAGCGGAGGCUGAUGGGCAGGGACAAAGCCUGGAGGAGAUCAUAGAGAACCAUGUGGGUCCCAUUGCAAAGGAGGUGCUGGGAGUUUGGCUGGAUAAAUGUGCUUGUGGGAAGAGAGAAGUGGAAGAGGAUGAGAGGGCUUACCUAAAGAAGAGGGAUGAUUUGAUCAAGAGGAAGACUAUUGAGAUUGAUUUGGGGUCCAAUUUUCCUAGAUUGUUUGGGCCUGAUGCUGCAGAUCGAGUAUUGGGUGCCAUUAAAGAAGUUUAUAGGGUAUGAUCAGAUCAAGGAUGGGAUUAAUGUGCUUCAUUUGAUCAGUAUGGAAGAUAACAAAUACCAGUGAUAUGAUAUUAAUAGGAAGGAUUUGGCAAAGUCUGAUGUGUUUACCUGAGUUUGAAGAAGAGAAAAAAAAACAAUGAGAAUUGUAUAAAUAUUAGCUUGAAAUCAUCUUCUUUUGGAUUGGG